UUGGAGAGAGCUCAUUAGGUCCAAAAUCGCAAGGCCAGAAAGUCGAAACCACGGGUCUCUCCUUCUGCUAGGAUAUCAACCGCGUCAUUCCGAGCCUCCGAGGUGCUCUUCUGCAUCUCCGACCACUUUUCAGAUGGAUUGGCAAGGGCAGAAGCUUUCAGAGCAGCUGAUGCAGAUUAUGCUCGUUGUCUUUGCCGUUGUGGCUUUCAUUACUGGCUAUAUCAUUGGCUCGUUCCAGAUGAUGUUCCUCAUGUAUGCUGCUGGUGUUGUUCUAACUACGUUGAUAACUGUCCCCAACUGGCCUUUCUUCAAUCGCCACCCUCUCAAGUGGUUAGAUCCUAUCGAAGCUGAGCGCCAUCCAAAGCCACAUCCUGUGACUUCAAAGAAAAAGCCCACCAAACAGAACCAGAAGACUACUGCUUUUAAAUUCAGAAUCUGGAGGGACAUAAGGGGCAUUUGGGACAAACACAUUAAGCAAUUGAAGUAGAAGGAGAAUAACAAUGGCUAAUUUUCAUUUUCUGUUGAUGAUGGGUGGAACUUCUACGUAUGAAAGAGAAAUUUUGCUGCUGCUGUUGUAGGGAAUGGAAGAGUCAUGAAUGGUCUUGUUGGUGGAGUGAAAUUCUGAGAUGUUGUAUGAGAGAAAUAAAAUCAACAGCGUUGUCUGUAUGUUGAAAAAUGGGGCAUGAGUAGGUUGAAACCGUCAAGUUAGUGUCCUCUCUCUCUCUCUCUCUCUCUCUCUCUCUCUCUCUCUCUCUCUGUGUGUUAAUGAAUACUAUUCUCUUCUAUUCUGUGUUUCUGUCUCAUAGAAAUUUAUCAGAAAUUUUUCUCUUGGUUAUAAUGAAAGGUGAGUUUAGGAUGUUGAAGCCUGUGGACACUUUUAUAACCUUAGUGAGUGAAUUGGAUUAUCUGAGUCAGAGACUCAGAAUUCGAAUUGGAAUUUGAUCCUAUUUGGAGUCCCAUAAGGCUAUGGAAAGGGCUGGAAUGGCCAGCUCUUUACAUUUUGGUUCUCUUUCGGUUUCUUUAAAUUUAACAACCUUGAUUUUCUCAAGUUCUGAAUCCUCAAAAAAACAAUAUUGCUUCAAAAAGCAAUUUAGUUGUGAUGAUGCUCAACUUUCUCCACUAUGGAAGAUCAGACAACACUACCUCUGCUUUCUGAUGAAGGAUCCAUUCAUCCACUUCCAGAUUCAAUCCUUAAGAGGACCAUUAAGUGAUGCAUUUAAGUGGAUACUGCGGUGCUAAUUCAGUGGCUAGGAGCUCCAGUUGAAGAUGCCGUGUGGGAGCGUUAUGGGACCUUGAUGAAGUGAUCCUGGUGUUCUCCCUGAGGAUGAUAAGUUGAUUCCUGGGGUAAGAAACCAUGGAAGCCUUUCUCAAGUAAUGCCAUAUGUAAUCUGUGAAACAAAGUUUUCCAUGUCUGUAAUUAGGUGUCAAGCUGGUUAUGAGAAUUAGUUCGUAGAGUCAGCUAUUGCUUGUACAUGGAUGGUAGGAGACACGUAGCUGUCAAAUUGGCUCUGUAUUUAUAGCUGAAUUUGAAGCAAUAAGGGUUAUGGUGAUUCAAUCUUAA